AUGUUCAGCUCCAGUUCAAGGGCAGCAGUGGAAGGCUCGUUUGCGUUUUCCUUCGUGGAAGGUGUUCUGGUCAGGGCCAUCCGGGAAGGAAAAUGGGUGUUGCUGGAUGAGAUCAACCUCGCGUCCGCCGAGACUCUGCAGAGACUAUCGGGGCUGCUUGAGGGUGCGGAAGGCAGCGUUUGCUUGACAGAAAGAGGCGACAUGGAUCCAGUGGUGCGACACCAGGACUUCAGGCUUUUCGCGGCCAUGAACCCGCCAACUGAUGCGUCUAAGAAAGACCUUCCUCCAUCACUCCGCCGCAGGUUUUCCGAGGUGUACGUGCCCGAGCUCGACGACCGUCUGGACCUCAAGCAGGUCGUUGACGGUUACAUCUCGAGCGGCGUGUCUGUGGACCACGAGAGUCUAGCCUUUACCGCGGUGGAUCUUUACCUCUGGGCGAGAGUUUUGUCGUCGGAGAGCUUGAGCGAUGGAGCUGGACAACGGCCUCGCUACUCCCUUAGGACCCUAGUCGGGGCUGUCUCAUGUGCUCGCCGUUUGGUGCAACGUGGCUUCAGCCCGAAGAGAGCGAUGUUGGAGGGCUUCAGGUCCCUUUUCGAAACACAGCUGGACGGGGAUGGGCGUGCAAAGAUUCUGAAGGGCAUUCUCCGCGCGUUCGGCAAGGGCAUGGGUGCCAAGGACCUUGAGAAACCACCACGUCGUCCGGGUGGGAGGGCGUCGAGCAAUGCUUCCUGGGUGAGGAUCGGACCGUUUUGGCUAGAGGGAGGGCCACAUGACCCUAUCGACGAGGCGGAGCUAGACCCCGAAACCAACCAGCGCAGGUGA